UGGUGCUUUGUUUGAAAGGUUAGGAAGCACAGCUCUGUAAAACUGCUUGAAAAAUUUCUAGCAUGUACUGGUUCAUAUCUUGAUUGGAGGGGAUCCCCAGAAGAAGCAGUAGGUUUCUGUGAGAACGACUGCAUGAAAUUACAUCUUGGUACUUAGAGCCAAGGUGUGUGAAGGAUAUAAAAGACCAUUAAAAGAAAAUGUUAGUCAUAAUUUCAAACCAGAGUUUUCAGCUUGAUGUUUGCCCCUUACUGGUCCUUUCCUGCUAGCUUCUAGCAAGCGUAGUGGUGCUGUGUGCAGCCAAGUGCCAAGUUCACCAGCUGUCCAGCAUCUACUUCUUUUGUCAAAUGACACAACCCAGCACUGAUUUCUUGCUUGAGUGUCUCAAGACUCUCUGCUUCAUGAUAGCACUAUGAUUUAAAAAGCAAUUGAAUAUAGGGUUUGUUGGGAGGCAGGAGGCGGGGGCUGGAGUGUUUUUUGGAGGGGUGUGUUUUUUGUGUGAAGCUUUUUAUUGACUGGCUUUCCUUUUGAUAUAUUGCUUGUAGGAAGUGUGCUUUUCUUUACUGUCCUGGCAGUCACCAAGCUGUUCUCGUCAGUAAGAGUCAGCUGAAGCUGGACAUGACUGAAUUUUUAGAACAGCCCAUCUUCACUACCUGUCUAUAAACCAAAAGCUGGCAGAACUAGAAUACAUUGAUCAGUGUAGAAUGAGGACAAAUGAGUCGUAAUGCAAUCUGCAGCCCCCAUCGCUCCUUUCCCACCACCAGUACCUGACCGGAGCAGGAAGCCAAGGAACAAGAGAGACAGGAGGAGUGUUGGCUUCCUGGUGUUCUUCUUGCUGAUCCUGGUGGCCCUCACUGGAGUGGGGCUGAGCAUGUUCCAGAUUUUCCACCUGGAGAAGGAACUGGCUGAACUCAGAGAGUCUGCCAGCACUGAGCACAUUCCUCCAGCUUUGGAGAAACUCACAGGGCAGAAGGAGCAGUCAAUGAAAAAGGAAGAGAAAGCAGCACAUUUAACAGGGAACCCAGCCCAGCAGGACCUCCCUUUGGAGUGGGAACCUAUCUCUGGCCAUGCCUUCACCAGUGGCAUUCAGUACCGUGAUCGGGGCCUUGUCAUCAAUGAGACUGGCCUGUACUUUGUGUACUCCAACGUGCUCUUCCGGAGCAGCACCUGCAGCAGCCAGAUGUUGACCCACAUGGUCUACAAGAAAAAUCCAGCCUUGCCAAGCAGCUACGUGCUGAUGGAGGACAAAAUCAUCAACUACUGCACAGAUCAGAAAAAGUGGGCCCGGAAAAGCUACCUAGGGGCUUUAUUUAAGCUCAGGAGGAUGGACAGUUUGUAUGUCAAUGUCUCCAAAAUUGCUCUGGUUAAUUUUGAGGAAUCAAAGACAUUCUUUGGCUUAUUUAAGCUUUAAAUAUGGCUGGCAGCUCACUACACACACACUGGGACAUGCAAGGGGUGAGUGCUGCCUGAGCAGCAGUGACCAAGCCAGGGUCUUGCACCAGGAAGCCCAGCAAGAAACCAUGCUUUGGUGUUCACUGUGAGAGCGUGUGAGCAACCAGUAAAAGCUUGAGAAGCAGACCUCUGGGAAGCACUGGGGCUGUACUGCAUC